UGCUUCAGAUCUCUCACAUCACGCUUCGCUGAGGCCUCAGGACACUCACGAUGCAGCCCACUGGUGCAGCCCACUCCUCGUCCCGUCCCCCCAGCCCUGCCCUCUUCCAGCCCGCCGACCUCUUUGACCUGUCAUUGCCCAUCAGCAAGAUGGCCGCCAUGGCCAUGGCGACUGACGAUGCCAAACGAGCCGCUCUCCGCUCGCAGCUCGCCACCCGCACUCGGCAACAGGAGCUGCUGGGCCACACUGCGGAGACCGUCAACAGCACCCUGCUCAACGCCGUCCAGCGCCACAUCCACAAGGCCAUCACUCGUCUCGGCCUGGCGGACGUGUUGGCCUUCGACAUUGGCGAUAAUGUGGAGGCCGGCUUGAAGGUGGUCAAUGUGCUGGAGCGGGGCAGUGGCGAGGAGUGGCGGGCGAUGGGGCGGUUUCUUCGGAUGGCCUUCAUCUACCGGCUCACCCCUGCUGAUGCGACGCGGCCUCUCCGGCUGUCGGCCGACGUGCUGCCCACAGCAACGGCAUUCCACCAGCUGCCCCUCGCCAUGGCCAUCUACAAAAUCAUCGGCCACAUGCUGACAUAUGGAGGGACCAGCCUGGCGCUGCAGCAGACCGACGACAACGGACACUAUCGAAUCGAAGAUCAGUUGUUUCGUGUGGUGCCGUUGGGUGAGCUGCCGGGCGGCCAUCGCUAUGCUGAGGGCUACAAGCGGACCGACCCUGUCAUCCGACGGGGCAGCGUCCUCUAUCCCUCAUUCUCGACAUUCUUGAUGGUCAAUGUGCUCGCCAGGUGGUCGGAUGGAGAGGGAGUGGGCGACAGGCUGGUGCUGUCGGCAUGCAUCGGCCGUGAUGACCCUCGCUAUGGCCGACUGCUGAUCGACGCCAUUACAGAGGAUCAGGGCAUCGCUGUCGACUACCGCAAUGACGGGGGCGAUCUGAAUGAUGCUGAUGGGAGGACUGCUCGUUCUGUAAUAGUGAGCGGCUGGCGACUCAACGAGACUGUGGCUGCCUACCUGUGGGUUAAUUUGGGCGCCAUCCAUCUGUGCACGACCGAGGCACUCGUCGGCGAUCGGUCUCAGCCGCUCGCCGACCGCUUCCGAGUGUCCGUUGGUGCCGCCUGCCGUCUGCUGCGGCCAUUCGGUCUGGAGAGUGACGUCAUGGACAGGGGGACGGUGGUGGGGUGAGGGAUGUCGGCUGGCGAUUGGGCUGUUGUUGGUGCGUUUAAUGGGUGGAGAGGGCUGUCUGUCUGUCUGUCUGCCUGCACGCCGACUGACGAGCAGCGGUGGAAGGAGACUGAGUGAUUUGAAAUGGGUGGUUGACUGCAUUGUGUGCCAUGGGUGGAUGGGCGAAUGUUCUACUCGUUUUUGUCGGACUCACUUGACUGCAUGGCCUCACUCAAAUGAUUGAAUGAAUGAAGCACACAGUAAUGUGUGAGUGGUUAGAGAUGUCAAGUGUGUGAGUGAUUAG